UCAAGAAGAUGUUGUCCAACUGCUGGUAAACCACGGUGCUUCAGUUAACGUGAAGAGCCAGAAUGGUUUCACACCGUUGUACAUGGCCGCUCAGGAGAACCAUGAUAACGUUGUGAAAUACCUUCUGGCGAAUGGAGCCAACCAGAGUCUCGCGACCGAGGAUGGCUUCACUCCAUUGGCUGUGGCCAUGCAACAGGGCCACGACAAAGUCGUUACGGUGCUUCUAGAAAACGAUACACGCGGGAAAGUUAGACUUCCUGCACUCCACAUCGCAGCCAAAAAGGAUGACGUUAAAGCGGCUAAAUUAUUAUUAGAAAAUGAUCACAAUCCGGAUGUUACUUCAAAAUCCGGCUUUACACCUCUACACAUAGCUUCUCACUAUGGAAACGAGCCAAUCGCUAAUCUGUUGAUACAAAAGAAGGCGGAUGUUAAUUACGCAGCUAAACACAACAUCACCCCUCUUCACGUCGCCGCCAAAUGGGGUAAAACCAAUAUGGUUUCGCUGCUUCUUCAGAACGGAGCAAACAUCGAGUCUAAAACUAGGGACGGCUUGACACCAUUGCAUUGUGCCGCAAGGAGUGGCCAUGAACAAGUCGUUGACAUGCUUUUGGAGCGCGAGGCGCCAAUUAGUUGCAAGACCAAAAACGGUCUGGCGCCUCUGCAUAUGGCAGCACAAGGAGACCACGUUGAUGCUGCCAGGAUUCUGCUCUACCAUCGCGCUCCAGUCGAUGAAGUAACAGUUGAUUAUUUGACCGCCCUCCACGUGGCUGCCCAUUGCGGACACGUGCGAGUUGCCAAACUACUCUUGGACAGACAAGCAGAUCCGAAUGCCCGCGCUUUGAAUGGCUUCACACCGCUGCAUAUCGCCUGCAAGAAGAAUAGGAUCAAAGUCGUAGAGCUUUUGCUCAAGCAUGGAGCAAGUAUCAGCGCCACCACCGAAAGCGGUUUGACUCCUCUUCACGUCGCCAGCUUCAUGGGUUGCAUGAACAUCGUGAUCUAUCUUCUGCAACACGACGCCAAUCCAGACGUACCCACUGUUAGAGGAGAGACACCUCUGCAUCUCGCAGCAAGGGCUAAUCAAACUGACAUUAUAAGGAUUUUACUACGAAAUGGUGCCCAGGUAGAUGCCAGGGCCAGGGAGCAGCAGACUCCCCUUCACAUCGCUUCCCGUUUGGGAAAUGUUGACAUCGUUAUGUUGCUCCUGCAACACGGUGCUAAAGUUGACACAACUACCAAAGACAUGUACACGGCUCUGCACAUCGCCGCCAAGGAAGGACACGAUGAGGUUGCAGGUGUGCUGAUUGAGAACGGCGCCUCUUUGAACGCGACCACCAAGAAGGGUUUCACGCCGUUGCAUUUGGCCGCUAAAUAUGGCAACAUCAAAGUGGCCAAACUUUUGCUCCAAAAGGAAGCCCCGGUCGAUGCGCAAGGAAAGAACGGCGUAACCCCGUUGCACGUGGCCUCUCAUUACGACCACCAGAACGUUGCGUUGUUGCUCUUGGACAAAGGAGCUUCGCCUCACGCGACCGCUAAGAAUGGACACACUGCACUUCAUAUUGCAGCAAAGAAGAAUCAAAUGGAUAUAGCCAAUACACUUCUCGAAUACGGAGCUAAGCCUAACGCGGAGAGCAAGGCUGGAUUCACGCCAUUACAUCUCAGCGCCCAAGAAGGGCACGCUGAGAUGUCUUCUCUCUUGAUCGAACACGAGGCUGAUACCAACCAACAAUCCAAGAACGGAUUGACACCUCUUCAUUUGUGCGCUCAGGAAGAUCGCGUUCCUGUCGCCGAAAUAUUGAUCAAAAACAAUGCUAUCAUCGAUAAACCGACGAAGGCUGGAUACACACCGCUCCAUGUCGCCUCUCAUUACGGCCAGAACAACAUGGUGAGGUACCUACUGUCCCAAAAGGCCGACGUCAAAGCCACAACGGCUAUUGGUUACACUCCGCUCCAUCAAGCGGCCCAACAAGGACACACCAACAUCGUCAACAUAUUGCUUGAAAAUUCAGCAGAACCGAAUGCCAUAACCCACAAUGGACAAACACCGUUGGACAUCGCCCAGAAGCUGGGCUACAUCACGGUCAUCGAAUCUCUCAAAGUAGUCACGGAACCGACAUCGACCACAACGACCGACGAGAAGUACAAAGUGGUAGCACCGGAGGCAAUGCACGAAACCUUCAUGUCCGACUCCGAGGAAGAAGGAGGCGAAGAGAUUCUGGAAGGAUACGGCACUGCACCGCACGAACAACAUGUCUAUCUACCUUAUUUCAGCGGUACUACUUUACUAACUCGCGAAGACACCAUGCUAGGGGAUAACGUAUACAGAUACCUGACCGCAGACGAGAUGAAGUCUCUCGGAGAUGACUCCUUACCAAUUGACGUAACCAGAGAUGAGCGCAUCGAUUCCAACAAGAUGAUUACCAGCGCGGACAGUUCCAUUCUUCCGCCGCAAGCCAUCGAGGACAGCAUCAGCCCUCAACAUUACCAGAACAACUAUUCAGAGUACAUCAAGAAGUACACAGCCGAUAACGUGGACAUCGCGAGGCAUCCGAUCAACAUCGGUUUCCUGGUGUCUUUCUUGGUCGACGCCCGUGGUGGAGCGAUGCGCGGCUGUCGACACUCCGGUGUUAGAGUCAUAGUUCCGCCAAGAUCAGCUGGAAGUCCUACGAGGAUCACGUGCAGAUACGUUCGACCACAACGUACUCCGCACCCACCUCCUCUGAUGGAAGGCGAAGCUCUGGCGAGUCGAGUCUUGGAAUUGGGACCGGUUGGAGCUAAAUUCUUAGGGCCCGUAAUCAUCGAAGUACCGCACUUCGCAGCUCUUAGAGGAAAGGAGCGUGAAAUCGUCAUUUUGCGUUCCGACAAUGGAGAGACCUGGAGGGAGCAUACCGUUGAUUCAUCCGAAGACAUCCUCAACGAGGUUUUAACCGAAAGUUUCGAGGCUGAAGAUAUUAGCCAAUUGGAGGAUGCAUCCUCCGGACGUAUAACCAGAAUCCUGACCAACGACUUCCCGCAGUACUUCGCUGUGGUUUCGAGGAUCAGACAAGAGGUGCACGCAAUCGGACCCGAAGGUGGGAUGGUGUCCAGCACUGUUGUGCCUCAGGUGCAGGCGGUGUUCCCACAAGGAGCCCUCACCAAGAAAAUCAAAGUCGGACUGCAGGCCCAACCUAUUGAUCCUGAACUGACCGCAAAGUUGCUAGGCCACGGAGUAGCUGUAUCUCCGGUGGUGACAGUGGAGCCGAGGAGGAGGAAGUUCCACAAGGCAAUCACCCUGAGCAUGCCCGCGCCUAGGGCACAUUCGCAGGGCAUGAUCAACCAAUAUUCAGGCUCGACCCCGACACUUCGACUUCUCUGCUCAAUAACUGGUGGAACGACCCGUGCCCAAUGGGAGGAUGUGACGGGUUCGACGCCUCUGACCUUCGUCAACGAUUGCGUGUCUUUCACGACGACGGUUUCCGCCAGAUUCUGGUUGAUGGAUUGUCGAAAUGUCACUGAUGCGACGAAAAUGGCCACCGAACUGUACAGGGAAGCCAUCCAUGUUCCAUUCAUGGCCAAAUUCGUCGUGUUCGCCAAACGCAUCGAUCCGCUGGAGGCUCGCCUUCGCGUGUUCUGCAUGACCGAUGAUAAAGAAGAUAAAACUCUGGAGCAACAAGAACACUUCACUGAAGUUGCGAAGAGUAGAGACGUAGAGGUUUUGGAAGGUAAACCUCAAUAUAUUGAGUUUGCUGGAAACUUGGUACCCAUAACCAAGAGCGGGGAGCAACUGCAGUUCGCCUUCAGGGCGUUUAGGGAAAACAGGCUUCCGUUCUCGGUGAAGGUGAAAGACCAACACGCCGAAGCGAUCGGAAGGAGUCUGUUCAUGAGGGAGCCUAAGGUAGCUAAAGGGGAGCCUCCACAGCAACCCAUUUGCAUCCUGAACAUAGUGCUUCCUGAGGACAUCGUGGCAGACACCAUUUCCUUGACAGACAGCGAGCACAUCAAACGAUUGGAGUUCCUCAAAGAGAGCUACGACUAUUACAGACCGGAUCCCAGAUUGGCUGAUAUGAGCAACCUCUUGGGCGAUGAUUGGGUACCUCUGGCCACCCAAUUAGGUCUGACCUCAUCCGAAAUAAACGUAAUCAAAUCAGAAUAUCCAGACAGCGUUGCUAAACAAGCGCAAUCCAUGCUCAGGAUGUGGAUAGCCCAAUCGAGCAACAGAUCUCAAGGUAGCGUCCUCGAGAACGCCCUGAAGAGAAUAGGCAGAGAGGAUAUCAUACCGCAAUGCUUGAACGACGAUCAGGAAAUUAUCAAGAAGGAGGAAACUGUGAAAUACCGAAUCAAGAAGGAAAUCAGUAUCAGUUUGGACGACAAGGAUAUAAUGAAGGAUUCCGAAAGCGUCGAGUCCUUGAUCCAAGUCGACCGCAAAGAGGACAAGAACAAGAAACGCGGCAGCUACGAUAAAUACUCUGCCGAAGAGAAGGUGGUGGAAGAGCCGUCCGACGAAGAAGACUUUAACAGAACCGUGACCGAGAGACGCGAGAUGAUCGAGAAACGUCUCUCCGUCGAACGCACCAUUCCAGCCUCGACCCAAAGGGCGGAGAUUGUCCAGGAGAUCACGUCUAUUAAGAGACAGAGCUUGGUCGAGGACAAGAUCGCCGAGGUCGAGCUGAAGAAGAUUCCAGGUGGAGAUAUCAUCGCCGAGGAAGAUAAAGUGGAUAUCACCACUGAUAUUACUACUACCACAGUCGAGAAAUUGACACAACCAAUUGUGAAAACGACAGUGAUCACAGUCGACACUGAAACACGCACAACCCAAGAAGCGGAAGCAACGCACAAACAGGAAACAGACCUUUUGGAAGGAGUGGCGCAGCGCCUGGAAACUAAGCGGGUUAUUCCCAAGAUUUCGGCAACUGAAGAUCCAAAUUCACCGAAGUUUUCCAAGACGCCGCCUCCGAGUCCGGCCGAUUUUAUUCUACGUGAGCAAGCAGCCUCCAUACAAGGUAAGACUUUUGUUUCCAUUCUCGGCUUAGUAGACAUAAGUUUGAAACAUAUUUGCUGAAGCCCUUGGGAUCAUCCGUGGAUCCAAGAUAAUCGCUGAAGUUGGGCUGAAUAUGUUUCGAACUGAAUGUGGCA